AUGUCACUGAGCGUUAGCGCUGCCUGUCUGCCCCAGUGCCGUGCUGCAGGGAACACCCAGAGCACUGGUUCCCUGGUGAGAAGGAGGGAAGAGAGGAUGAUGGCUUUAAACUGUGCAUCUGGGCUACAGCUGCCUCCCAUCUGGCUCAGCUGCUGGGUCCAGCUGCUCCUGAUUCCCCAGGGACCAUGGCUGGUGCAAGCCCUCAAUCUGUGCUCAAGUCAUCUCACUGUGUAUAUGGGGCCUGACUGCAGCUACUUUGGCUUCUCUAUGGAUUUCCUCCAAGCCAGCAAUGGCAGCAUGAAUAUAGUGGUGGAAGCCCCGAAGGCCAACACCUCGCAACUUGAUGUGAUCGAGCCCGGAGCUGUGUUCUUGUGCCCCUGGGCGCCCCAUGGGAAGCCAUGCUACGAAAUACCAUUUGAUAGCAAAAGGGAUCAGGUGGAGUCCAGAUUUCACUUCCAGCUGAAGAACUAUAAAUCACACCAGUGGUUCGGGGCAUCCGUGAGCACCUGGAAGAGCAACGUGGUGGCCUGCACCCCCCUGCAGCACUGGAACAUCUUUGAGCACUCGGCACUGGCACAGGCCACCAAGACACCUGUCGGCACCUGCUUCAUGGCCUCCAACAACCUGAGCCACUUUGCUGAGUAUUCGCCCUGCCGCUCUCACCGGAUGGAUUCAUUGUAUGCUACGGAUGGCUACUGGAUGAUCUUCGCAGUCAGUUUGUCUGCAAUUAAGUCCUCCUACCGUGGCACCGCCAUGAUCUGGUCAGUCAAGGAGGAGCAGGUGUCAGAGGAGGUACGCCAUGGCUAUGAAGACUCAUACAGAGGGUACUUAGUAGCUGUGGGGGAGUUUGACGAGGAUCCUAGGACGGCAGAGUAUGUGGUGGGCGUCCCCAACAAAUACAACACCAAAGGUGGAGUCGAGAUCUUGAGCACCUACAAGAAGCUGCAGCUGCUGCAGAAUAUCCAGAGUGAGCAGAUUGCUUCUUACUUUGGACACACAGUGGCUGUUGUGGAUGUCAAUGGAGAUGGGAAAGAUGAUAUCCUGGUGGGGGCCCCGCUGUACAUGGAGCGCCGCUCUGACCAGAAGCUGUAUGAGGUGGGACGCGUCUACCUGUACUUGCAGCUGGGACAUCCCUACAGCAACCCCUGGCAGAAGCUGACGGGCACCGAUGUGUAUGGCCGCUUUGGCACCGCCAUUGCACCACUCGGGGACCUGGACCAGGACGGCUACAUGGAUGUGGCAGUGGGAGCCCCAUUUGCUGGCCAGGGUGGAAGUGGCCGUGUGUUCAUCUACAACGGGCACAGCGAGGGGCUUCAGACACCUGCCUCCCAGGUCCUAGACAGCCCCUUCCCUGGGCGUGCCAGUUUUGGCUUCUCUGUGCGUGGAGCCACUGACAUUGAUGCCAAUGGGUACCCAGACAUGCUGGUUGGGGCGUUUGGUGCUGGCAAGGUGGCUGUGUACAGGGCUCAUCCUGUGGUGAUGGCCAAGACCCAGCUCUCCAUGCCAGAUGUGCUGAACCCUGAGGAGAAGACCUGCACCAUGCCCAACUCCAAGACUCCUGCCAGCUGCUUCUCCAUUGAGAUAUGCGUGAGCAUGUUGGGGAAGAGCAUCCCAGAGGAGAUCAAACUGAAUGCCAGCCUGCAGCUGGAUCGGAUGAAGCAGAAGUCUGGGAAACGGAUCUUCUUGUUCCAGCCACACGAGUCCACAUUGACCCUGAAGCUGUCAAAGGAGGGGCCUCCCUUCUGCCAUCACUUCUUAGACUAUCUGCGGACACGCAUCGUGUUGGACUGCGGUGAAGACAACGUAUGCAUUCCUGACUUGAGGCUCUCGGCCUGCAAGGAUCUGGAUUACCUGCUCAUUGGUGCUGAGAACAUGGUUCACAUUAAGGCUGAUGCGGCCAAUGAAGGGGAAGGUGCUUUUGAGGCAGAGCUGCAGGUGCAGCUCCCACCCAGCGCCCACUAUCAGAGAGCUGUCAGCAACAUGCAGGGCAUGGAGAAGCUGAUCUGUAACCCCCAGAAGAAUAAUGAGACCCACAUGGUGAUCUGUGAGCUGGGGAACCCCAUGAAGACUGGCACCAAGGUCACUGUGGACAUAGCAGUCAGUGUUGCCAACCUGGAGGAUGCAGGUGACACCAUCACAUUUCUAUUGCAGUUGAGGAGCAAAAACAGCCAGAAUCCCAACAGCAAUGUGACGGUGGUGCAGGUCCCCAUCAAGGUAGCUGCCCAGAUGGAGCUGAGAGGGAAUUCCCUCCCUGCAACCAUGGUGGUGCCACUGGAGGGAUGGACACAACCAGAGGACAGUCGCUGGCUGGAGGACUAUGGCCCCAAGGUGGAGCAUGUCUACCAGCUGCAUAACAAGGGCCCCGGGAGAGUGAGCGGAGUGGCCCUUCAGGUGGACUUCCUCAGCCAGUUCCAAAGUGACUUCUUUCUGUAUCUCGCGAGUCACAGCACUGAGGGGAAGAUCAACUGCUCUGACCCCGCAAACGUGAACCCUCUUGGGCUGGACAUCCAAAAACCCAUGGUCUCCCCCAGCAACAAUGAGAGCCGCCAGCCAGCCCACAGGCGAGAGAGAUGGGAAGCAGAUGAGGAAGGCCUACCCACUCUCCAGGAGCCCCUCCUGUUGAACUGUAGCAGCCAGCCCUGUGUGACUAUCACUUGCUAUGUGGAGAGCUUGGAGAAGGACCAGAGAGCCAUGGUGACCGUGCAUGCCAUCCUGUGGAUGAAGAGUUUCAUGAAGCGUCCCCAUGACCAGUUCAUCAUCCAGUCCCAGGCUUGGUACAAUGUCUCCGCGAUGCCAUACCGGAUCCAACCUGAAGUCUUGCCAAGUGGAAGUGCCACGGCUGACACGAAGUUGCUGUGGGUGAGCCCUGAUGGCAAGAAGGAGAUCCCCACCUGGUGGAUAGUGCUGGCUGUGUUGGCGGGGCUGCUGCUCUUGGCCAUUUUUAUCUUUGUCAUGUGGAAGAUGGGCUUUUUCAAGAGGAAGCGGCUACUCUCAAAUGAAGAGGACCUAAAGAGUGACGAGGAUGGGGCAUCCCAGGCAGAGUAGGGCCAGUAGAGCCCAGUCCCUUCUCCUGUGCUCCUGUCCCUGCUUGGUCUCUCCCCAGCCCAUGCUAAGGGCUCCACCCAGAGCAGACAGGAGCAGAGCUGCUGCCUCCUCCAGACAGACUGGUCCUGUCCUAUCUGUGCCCCACAUACCGCUUUGGCACACAGAGUCCUACCUCUCCCCUACAAGAAGUAUCUCCUUUCCCAGACUAAGUUCAUGUCCUCACAGGGUCCUGCCACACAGAGAUCUUCUCUUCCAGUGGCCCUGCUCUGCUUGGAUUGGUCUCCUCACACCAACGAUCAGGGGCCCAGGUCCCUUCCUGUGUCUCAGUGGUCCACUCGGUGUGCAGUAUCCCAGUACCAAAGUAGUAAAGCUAGAGCAGACAGAGACACAACAUUGCAGAGCCCAUGUCUUAGCCCCAGGAAACACUGUCCACUGUUGGAUAAAGGGGGAGAGAAGCUGAAAUGGAUGCUGCCCAAACCCCACCUCUGUAGUUGGGGCUGGAGGCUGGUGUGUCCCUAUUUUUCACCCCAGGAAGAGGCUGAUCAGUCCUCCAGGCAAGUGCCAAUGGCUACUGAGGCACCAGGUAUGGAGGGCACAACUCUGCACCCAGCUGUACCCUCUGGGAGAUGCUUCUCCCACUCUGAGCACAGUGCACCCACUCCAAACCCUGAGCUCCACCCUCCUGCUUCCUGCUCUGCAAUAAACCUCUUUCCAGCA